AUGGAGUCACUUGAAGUCACUGCUGGGGUGAAAAGCUCUGCCGAGGGUCAGGACAGAAAUGUUGCACAGAAAAAAUGCACUUCAGAGCCAGCGCGGGCUAAAAGGAGUCCGUCUGUUGAAUCAGAAGGCAAGGGGUGGCACCAACAACUGCAGGAAGGCCAGAGAAGAGACUUGAGUGGUUUCAAAAAAAUGUCUGACUCAGGGAAAUCACUGCAAUUAGAAGAUCAGCACUCCCAAAUCCAGUCCACAAGCCAUCAAGACCACGAGGUGUCUCCGUAUCCAGUGCAGUCCACAAAACAGUUUCCCAGCGGCAGACAAAAAACUCUAUGCCAGUUAGGUUCAGCACCGUCACCAGGACCUGCGUCUCACAGGAAGUCCGCCGGUUCACCUGAAGUCCAACAGUGCUCUCAUUCAGGGAUGGAUCAGCUGUCAGAGACUGUGAGCAAGGUGGAACAGAAACCGCAGAAGCCCGGGAAGUAUGUUUGCGAUUACUGUGGGAGGGCAUGUGCCAAACCCAGUGUGCUCAAGAAACAUAUUCGCUCGCACACCGGGGAGCGGCCCUAUCCGUGUGUCCCUUGUGGGUUUUCCUUCAAAACCAAGAGUAAUUUAUACAAACACAGAAAGUCCCAUGCUCACUCAGUCAAAGCUGGAACAGUGCCACUCUCAGAACUUGGUUCUUACAAUGCCAAUACAGACCAGGGGUCUUUUGAAGGGGAAGGAGAGUUAUUCUCUGAUGCUGAGCAAAGCACGGACACGGACGAGGACACUCUUAAUGACCCGCUGCUGCUGCUGGACUCUCCAGUGGAGGGAUCAGAUAACACUGCUGUAAAAGUACUAAAUCUCAUUGCUCAGAAAAAGGGAGCCACGUCGAUGUCGGCUCAGGAUGGUUCAUCCCAGACCCAAGAAAUCAAUGCACCUCCUGCUGCUGCUGAGGCUAGCCGUGCAAUUCAAUCUUGCACCAUCAAACAGAGACUCGCACUUCGGCUGUCUGAAAAAAGAAGCAGCGACUCGGAGCACAAUCUGUCCCUACCGAGUCAGUCUAGCAAGGGCAGCACGGACUCUGGCUACUUCUCACGCUCUGAGAGUACUGAGCACCAGACUGGUCCUCCCAACACCAACGCGAAAUCCUAUCAAGAAAUCAUGUUUGGAAAGUGUUACAGACCGAGCCCUAAACAGACAGCAGCCUUUGUGGCCUGUAGCACGGACUCUGUUGAGUUUACCACAAAACGGGCCGAGAAAGGUGUUUCCCGAGUUUUUACCCAAGAAAAAGACACCGUUGAGUCCAUCAAGAUAAACACUAAGUCAUUCACGAGAGAAGAGCUAAAAGAACCCCAGUUAGAUUCUGGCUCUGAUGUGGGGCUCCUGAUCAGAAGCAACUCGAUGCCAACAGCCUCCGCGGUUUGUCUGACCAUGCCUCAAGCUCUUCGAGGCAGCCACUCCUUUGAUGAGAGAACAAGCACUGGAGGCAACAGAAGACUCAGGCGGCAAGCUGCUUUUGAGCUCUCUGCACACGAAGGCCACACAGACACCGACACCGGCCAUGGAAAGAUGAGCGAGGGUGGCAAUGCACCUUCAGGAUUGGAAAUGGAAAGUUUUCCCUCUGCGGCAACUAAUAUGAGCCAUCAGAGACAUGCAAUAGAACUGGCAACCAGGAAGCGUCGGAAAGAGAAGAGGGAAGAAGAAGAUUUACCAGGUCAAUACGAGGUUCACCAUGAACAGAGUGAAGAAAUGUUAGAUUUGAGCAAAGACUAUGAUUCAAAACAACCCGUGGGUGGGCUUAUGGCUUUAGGGAAAGGACGCUCUUCGAGUAUGCUAACACAGGUGGACAAGUGUGACAUGGACAUAUCACUCAGUCUUGAAAUGUCUGGUCGAAAAACCUUAGGGAACGUAAUUUCUGUUAUCCAGCAUACAAACUCGAUAAACAGGCCCCUCACUGAACAGGCCGAUUCUUACAAGUAUCAAGGGCAGAGGCUGGAGAGUAUUUCAACAUUUCAAGCUAUGGACGCAAGUGAAUCAUAUGAGAUGGACAGGACCGAGAGUGGGCUCAGGCAGUCGUUUCAAAUAGGCCCCAAACUUGUGCGACAGCCCAACAUUCAAGUCCCUGAAAUUAGGGUCACGGUGGAGCCUGACAGUCCCGAAAAAGCUCCAGAGGUGCAGGUGAAGGAGCCAGAGAAGCACGUGGAGGAGUUUCAGUGGCCUCAGAGGAGCGAAACUUUAGCACAAUUCCCUCCGGAAAAGCUCCCUCCAAAGAAAAAAAGGCUUCGCUUAGCUGAUAUCGAGCACUCCUCCGGUGAAUCUAGUUUUGAGUCUGCCUGCACCAGUCUCUCCCGCAGCCCGAGUCAAGACAGCAACUUAUCAUACAGCUCCACCUUCUCGUUUGACAGGGAGGAUAGCUUGAAGUCAGUCUCUCCAGCCAGGCAGGAUGAAUUUGGCAAACCCCUAGAGCUCUUAGCUGUGCCAGGGAGCGGGCACUCCCUCUCUGUGCUUAACCAGCGUCAACAACAUGAAAUGAGACGCUCCUCCUCAGAGCAGGCGCCUUGUAACUUGCGCAAGGAGUUCCCAGAGGUACGCAGCAUAUCAUUUGACUAUGGCAGUCUUUCUCCAACAUCCAAAGUUAGACACGUGGACAUCAGUGUCGGGCACUCGGCUGGGAGGGAAAGAAGGAGGGGAAACUUGGUGCGGCAGGAGUCGUUGAAUAUGGACACUGAGGUAACACAAGUCCCAUCACAAGUGUUUCCGCAGCACUUCAGCACCACGUCUCCCCCAUUCACAGCAGUUGCUGUUCUGCCACAGACUUUGCCAAUAUUCUCCACCGGGAAUACAUUUCCCCAGCUGUCACAUCCGAGCCUGUUAGUUCCUGUAAGAAUACAGACUCAUGUGCCAUCCUUUGGCAGUAUCACAUACACUUCAGUAUCACAGAUAAUUGACAAUCAGUAUGACAGUGUUUGCUCCAUUACAUCCACCCCUCAGAAUCCGACUUCACGUCUGUCUGGAAAUUUUGAUUCUCAUAAUUUAUUAGCUCACACAAGGCCAUCUUCCACGCACAACCUCAACGUUGAAGCUCUUGAUCUGUCGUCGGCUAAACUCAAGACCGGCAUCCCUCUCUCUCUGACCUCAAGAACUAUCUCGACCACUAACGCCUCCAGUGGUGGCACAAACAAACGGAUGCUGUCCCCGGCUAGCAGCCUAGACCUUUUCAUGGAGGUCAAGCAGCAAAAACGUGUGAAAGAGGAAAGGAUGUUUGGCCAAAUCGUGGAGGAGCUGAGUGCCGUUGAGUUGGGAAAAUGUAAUCUGAGCGAAGAGAAGGGGCAAAGGUCAGAGAAGCAGGGUGCAUCAACACUUCACGCUCAGGAUGACUCACAUAGGAGUAAAUUUCUCACACUUCAGCAAAAAGUGACAGAGCCAACUGACCACGGGCUUGAGUCAAGUAUGGAAAGUAGCUCCCUGGAAACCAGCUCACCAUCCUUCUCCAUGAUAUCAGUCGGUGAAGUGAAAGAAGCUGGCAUAGACAAACGAGUGCAGAUGGAUACGGUGGCACAGCUGGUUACCAGUCAAGAUAUCCUGAUCUCAGACACGGAGCAUUCAAGACUGUUAUCUCAGUUUCCCAGUCUUCGCACGACGACAGGUGUGAGCUGGUGUUAUCUCAACUACACCAAGCCGAGCUGCUCUCACACCAAUGCCCCUUUCUUCUCUGUGUACGCCACCUGGUGUGUGAGUUCCCACAACCCCAACCCUCUGGAACUGACAACCAGUGCUGCUCUGGCUCUGCUGCGGUCCAAACAGAGGGGAGAAAAGGUUAUAUACACAGUGGCUGCUAUGUCUCAGACGGGGACGGGGAAACUGGUUUCAUCCCUCAUCCUGUGGAGGCAGACCAUGGAACAGGUGAAAGAAUCAUCCCAUUUUUAAAACACAUUUAACGUAUAAAAAAGUAGUAGUUUGGGAGUUAAAGUAGUCACCCCUACACCCCAGCUGCAGCAGUUUCCGGUAACACUUUACAACAACCAUGAUUUAUAAAUGGUAAAAAGAUAGUUUAUUAAUGUAGGUUAAAAGUUUCUUUACCAUUAACAAGCAAUGAAAUUAUGAUUAAUAAUCAUAAAUUAUUAAUGGGCUAUUUUUUAAAGGUUUAUAUAGGGUUUAAAUAUUGGUUGUAAAACAUUUAGAAUAAAAUAUGUGUCAGUAGCGCUUUGUAAAUGAUUAAAAAGUGUUUUAUAAACAACCUAUAAACAUUACUUAGAUGAUCAUUGUAAAGUUAGGGUUAGGUAAAAUUGAUUAUUGUAAAAUUUGUAAUUUGUUAAUGGUCUAUAUGCUAUUUAUAAAUGAUGAUAAAACACUAAUAAACUAUCUGCUUACCAUUUAUAAAUGGUCUAUUGACCAUUUGUAAGUUAUGGUUAGUGUAAAGUGUUACCCAGUUUCCCCCCCUUGGUAGGCUCAAAUGUCAGCUGUAGGUUAACUGUAGAAAAACUUCAAAGUUUGAAGGACCUUAUUACCUUAAAUAAAGAACAUUGCACACUUAAAAUCUUUUGGCAGAGGAUUCAGCUGCUGUUGGCAAGAAAUCAUUUUUCUGCCACUUGAUGUAAUGAGCUUUUUAUUCAUCAGCCGCUCUGCAGUUACCAUGAACAAACAGUGUCUUAGCAGUGGAAAAACUUGAAGGAAGCUCUGCCUCUGUGGAUUGGAUCUGUGCUGAUAAAUAAGACAAAUAAUAAUGUUGUAAAUUCACGGCCAGUAUAGAUCUCUGGUAGUAGAAACAUGGAAACCAACAAAUUAAUUAUUAGUUACCUGUACUGGGUUUCGUGUGCGUCAGCAGAUGCAGUAUAAAUCGUGUUUACAAAACACCCUCUAUACCACUACGUGUGACUUACAAUACUGGAAGCAUCACAUUACAUUGUCGGUGCAGUGUCCAUUAAAAAGGGGGUGUUAACAAAAUGUUUAUUCAUCCGAUUCAGCUGCAGAGGAAACCAGAGCCCAAAGAGGUGGACAUCACUUACGGGAGGAAGGUGAAAGACACCAGCUGCAGAGUGAAAACCACCAAGGAGGAGUGGAAAGAGAGGGAGGCGUCUACAACCCAAACAGUGCCAACACGUAUUAAGAUCUUCGAGGGAGGGUCAGUAAAGAUAUUAGUUGUCAUAACACUUGUCAUUUCUGCUGACAGCGAAUACAGCAGCUAUAUUAGGCUGGUAGUCCCAAUGCUAUGAUGAAGUCUAUGUCCUUCUAACUGAUCACGAUUGUUGUAAGUGUAUUCUUUCUUUUUAAAGUCCAACUCUGAUUGUUUUUUUUUUUACUACUUAAAGUUUUCUAAGUGGUCUCUAAAUUUUAAUUAUGAAGUUUUUUUUCUUUUUUAAACCAAAAAUCACGUCACCUGUGUCGUUUUCAAGGGCUUUUCUCCUGCAGAGCUGCAGUAGAUCAUUUGCAUUUCGCCUCUGAGUCGUGGGCAGAGACAGCGCUGCUCUGCACACUCCUCUUCAUGGUAGCUUGUAACCCAGUUAUGCCAGUGUAGUAGAAGUAGCAGGUAAUAUCGGAGCCAUUCAGCUCUCAGACACUAAUGUCUUAAGGGACACGAUGAAAGUUAAUAUCAUGAUUAGCUUUCUUACGAGCAUUUCUUGCAAUCCGAUAACGCACACGUUUGUUCCGCGAUCAUCUUCCCUAUUUCUCCGAGUCUGGCUAGCAUAGCGGGGCUGCGGGGGCGGAGCUUGCAGUUGUAACGUAGGAAAUCUCACUAUAUCUGAAUGUGGAAAUACCCAGAAAUGCAAUUUCACACUUAGUUUUCUCGUAAUGUGUCCUGUAGCAUUAGAAAAAUGCCAUAUGAACAACAAGAGGCAACAAGAAAAAUGUGAUUUUCAUUGCACUGGGUCUUUAACAAAACUGUACUUAUUGUUCAGGUUUAAGUCCAAUGAAGAUUAUGUGUACGUGAGAGGUCGAGGACGGGGCAAAUAUAUUUGUGAAGAGUGUGGCAUUCGCUGUAAAAAGCCCAGCAUGCUGAAAAAACACAUCAGGACACACACAGACGUGAGACCAUACAUCUGCCGGGUGUGCAACUUUGCAUUUAAAACUAAAGGUAACAUAAUGGCGGUCCAUGAGUCAUUGAUUUACAAAUAUUUUGACCCUAAUUUAGAAAACAGUCUAACCUUUUAUUACUCGCUCGUUUAUUUACAGGAAACCUGACGAAACAUAUGAAGUCAAAAGCCCACAUGAAGAAGUGUCUGGAGUUGGGAGUGUCAGUGACUCUGGAUGAGACAGAGAUACAGGAACAUGGUGAGUCACUGUCAUACGUUCUCACAGGUGUAUGAAUCACAGCUGAUAAGAUCCGGCUAAACCUCUUCAUCUUUUUCAGUCGAAGACAGCCAACAAGAAUCCAAGACAGAGGUGGUGGUCCCGACUAAACACCAGUUCUCAGAUGCAGAAGACUCUGAUGGCAUGGAUGAAGAAGCUGAUGAAAUCGAUGAAGAGGAUGAUGAGGAAGAUGACUACGAAGGCGACUCCACUCCGAAGCUGCGCUCGAGAAGCACGAGUCCUCAGCCCUGCGGAGUCACCUCUCUGUCAGUCACAGCGACCGCUGCUAUCCACGGCUGUUCCCUCUCCUCUCUGCCCGACCCAGAUGUCCGUCAGCAGCCCACCGGUAUGCGAACGGGUCUGAUCCCAACGACGGAUCAGAGAGAGAAGUCUAUGGAUGAGGAUUCUCUGGCUAUGCUAUCUCCAGAGCACGCCAGCUUUCUUUUGGACCCUUAUUCUUCUUGUCUGCUCUCUCCUGGCUGGGAGUCCCCCAUUAGGGAGCCCUCCCCAUCUCGUCUUCGUUACCCGUCCCCAAGAAGAGAAAUCUCCCCACGUGGUCGCUCCUCACCUAGAUGGGAUACCUCCCCGCUAAGGCCGGGUUCGCCCAGCUUGACACCCAUACAGCACCUUUCCCCGGCCUCGAUUGAACGUCCCAUGUCUCCCGGUUCAGAACUCGCAGGGAAGUCCUCAGUUAGAGGUCGGCAAAGAGUGGUGCUGAGGGCGGUUUCGCCACGCAGAGGCUCGCACCAACACAGAGGCAGCGGGGAUAAAAUCAGACACCAGGCGAAGAUGGAAAUGGCUCAACAACAAGCGGCUUUUGAAAUGGAGAUGGUAUGUAUGACGAUGAUACACCUCAACCUCUUUAGGUCAAUUAGCCAAUAAGCAAGGUAUCUCUUGAACCCAGGACAUCAUAAUACCGGUUUCAUCUUACGAUUGUGGCCAGAACUAACUAGUCUAAGGACAGAGCACUUAAUUCCUACAGGCAAUGCCACAACACCUGAUAACAUGUCCCUUUAUCAGAAACCCUGAUAAUUCUAAGUCUCUCUAAACUUUAAACUCCAAAACCAAAUACUGAAAACCACAUCCUCGACUUUAAAGGCAUGGAUGACGAUCUGAGAAGCAGUUGAAAAAAACGGAGCCGUUGAGGCAGAUUUGAAAAAAGCGUCCCUCCCCCCACACACACACCUCUACCCUCGAUUCUCCACAAUAACUUCCCCCCAGAACCUGUAUCGCCCUUCCUACGACACACCCCCCACAAGCCGGCCAGCAGAAGAUCCUACGCUAGCUUCAAAUAGGAUUCAUGCAGGAUUGCGAGUGACUAGCGACAGCUCUGCUAGCGAGCACGGUCUGCAGCUGCCUGGACAGAUACCGUUGAGAUUGCAGAGACUCAUAAGAGUUAUUUAUGUAACAUGUCCCUCGGUAAAAGUCCAAAAUUACCUGUUCAACAAAACUCUGCUGUCUCGGCGUCUGUUUUCAGGCCCAAAUCCUGGCGGAGCUUUCUCCACCGCUUCUAAGGAUGACCCAAUGUUUAUUCGAGUUAGAUUCCUCGCUUGGUCACAUUUCCUCUUCGACCCUGCCCUUUCUUCUGUCGGCUUGUGUUUUCUUCCCACUUUUGGCGGUGGGGCGAGCAGAAGUGGUUUCUUUUUGCGUCCUUCUCCAUCACAGCUCCUGUCGCUAAGCUGCUACGCUACUUUUAGCCGCUCAGGGUGGGAGGGGACAAUUUAGAACUACGGGAGAGGGGUGUGUCGAAUACAGCGAGGUGAUUGGAUGGAGAGGCGGAGCAGGAGAUUGACCAAUACGAGCUGUCCAGGACGGCUGGCUCCCAUUGGUCGAUGUUUUUGCAGCCCUGAACAGAUUUUUUCCAUUCUUUUUCUCUUCACUUUGUGGAGAUCACACUAUAGGACCAUGAUCGCCAUAUAAAAGAGGUUCAUAAUAAUUACCAAUCGCUCCAAUCGUCAACCACGCCUUUAAGUGCUCAACAAUAUGAGUGACUCAAUGAAAAAAUGCGCAACUCUUUGAGGGAGUUACUCAGCCUGCUUUUGUAUGAAGUGUCUUUUGAUCCGUUUUUUAUUGGUUUAUGUUUACAUAAAUUUGAAUGACUCACCACGACCUGAUUUGUGGUAUGUGUGUGAGAAAUCAUCUUGCUGAUAUUGAAACUGCUCCUGACGUUGCCAAUAUGUCGUUUCAGGAUCAAAGGAGCAGCUUGGCCUCCAGUCUGCCUGGCGCUGCCAGUUCUCAUCACCAGAACAUCCUCAGCCACCUCCCACUUCACUCCCAGCAGCAGGCCCAGAGUUUGCUCCCCGUCGGUCCUGUCGGAGGACUCCAGAUGUUACACUCUCCGCCUUCCUCCGGCACUGAUGUCACCCCUUCCUCAGCGCCAAGACCCCAGAGCAGCGAGGGCCAGCGUUGCAGCAGCAGGGAGGGAUUUGUCCAUGGGCUUGAGACGGGAGGAGAGGACAUCAGAGGCCAGGACCAGCUGGCCGCUCAGGAGAAAUCCCUCGACCUCAGUGUCAGGGACAGUGGACAGGAGGAGAAUGUCCAGACCUGCUUGAAAGCCAUCGCCUCAUUGAAAAUCACCACAGAAGACCCUCACUGA